CGUAGAGAUACUUACUUCGAACAGUUUUAACGAAGAUGUUACGAAGAGCGAGUUUUUUAUUGGGCUGUUUGCUCUUGGUGUUUAUUGCGGAAACCACGAGUGAACAUGUGCCAUUUCCCUUUAUUACAACGGCACCACCACCAAAGUUUGAAGUCCGUUUUCGAAGAAAUGUGAACGACGAGCCGCUUUGGUUGUAUAAAGGUGAUGAUGUAAAUCGGGCACCAGCGACCGGUGAGCACCCGUAUCUGCCUCCGUAUAUUGAUGACAUCAAACUGGACCCGAAAACGAGGUACGCAAGAAGCGUCGACUCUCCGAGUGCAAAGCGGGGUGGUGGCAGCCACUCAACUUCCAGCAGCAGCAGAAACACUGGAGCUACUCACCCUGGAUACAAUCGCCGCAACGCACGUUCUCUGCACACUCCGACAAUAUUCAACCCUCCAUCUCCGACUUUCCCUAAACCCUUUGACCCCAUCUUCCCCAAGCCUGACUUCCCUGGUCCUAGACCCAUCUACCCUAUUUACGCGAGACACGCCCGGGAUGUCCAGAUGAACCCGCUACAGAAGCCUACUCAUUAUGACAUAACAAUCCCUGGAUGGAACCCCAACGCUCGUGUACAGCCGUGGCAAAAGAUUCGAGUCAGAACUGGCCGUGAUAUUCAUGAUAUUGAUUCUGAGGAAGACUCUAUUGAUUUAUGAAUUUUAUUGUCGUAAAUUACCUUUAGGGAAUUGUGCAUUACAGAGUACUUAUCAUAAAUUGACUGAUUUUUUUACUUGCUCAUUGUUGUCAAGAAUUAAUUAUCUAAUAAAAUUUUACUUACUUUUGCAUAUAUAACUAUCUUUAUUAUUUACUUUAAGCAAGGAUAAAAAGAAGAGAAAACCCAAGGCAGGGUUGUUCCGUAUUCAUCCUAUGACGUAUCAUUCCAUUUCCUUUCUCAUCUCAAACUUGUACUCUUAACUCAACCAUCAUUAUUUGAAUACAUUUUCUUAAGUCAACCCAAUUGCAUUCCUUACUCAUCCAUCCCAAGGUAAAUAUAAUAAAGUAUAGAUAGUAAAAUGAUGAUAAAUAUAUUAUGUACGCUAUAUUUAUAUGUACCUACUGCUUACUUAUAUACGAUGCGAUAUAACUAUUUAAUAUAUAUAUUUGUUUUAAUUUUAGUAGCUCAUAUUCUAUUGCCAUAACAUUUGUGUCCUACACCCUUACUAGUAGACUGCUAGAGAUUGCCUAUGGCGUUAAGUCCAUCGUUAACUGUUUUUUGGUAAAAAAUAAUAAAUAAAUCCAUCCUCAAUCAAUAAAUGAAAUGUGAAUAUUAGAUAUUAAGUAAAAAGAAACAAUGUUAGGUACGUGGUUUAUGAAAAUAGAUAACCUACACACUAGCAAUAAUAACAAACAUGGCUGGACUAAAUCUAAGUAUCAAGUAUAUAAAAUUCUUGUGUCACGGUUUUUUUACAAAACUCAUACGAAAAUACCUGAACGAUUCUUAUUCAAUUUUGUGUUUAUAUUCAGUAGGCCUGAGAAUAGGACUUAAACUAUUUUUCCUUCUAAACUUAGAGCAUAUAGUUACUUGGUAUAUGCUCUAAGCCCCUAAAUGAUCAGGGUGGUCCACCCUAAUUUUUUAAUUGUAUUUUUGGACAUUUUUUUUUUUAUGAUUCGGCAUUAAAAAGUACAUAUUACCGUAAAUUUUCACCCUCCUACCACCAAUUAUUUUCGCAUUCCAUUAAAAUGUGUUGCACAUCCUCCACUUUUCACAUAUUUCACAAUUAGGGGAAUGAUUUUUUUUAAAAGAAACAAGAAUUUAUUUAAUGGAAUAUGUCCGGAACGAAGUCGAUGCAUAAUCAUAAUAUAUGUACGACCUAUGUUACCAUUAGAAAAUAUAACUAGAAAAAAAUCCACGCGGACCAGGCAGCAGACGGGACUCGAACCCGCACCCUUCGCAAUCCGGGCGAAUGCACUGACCAAUUAUGCUACCGCGGCCCUCACGGACCGCGUCGAAAUUCUUUCUAGCUAUUCUUAAGCUGCAAGGCAGCGCCAUCUCUUCGCAUCAUAGGUAAACCCACAAUGUCAAAUGAAUACUUUUACAAGUAUUAUACAUUUGAAAGAAGAAAUAGCAAUUAUAGUUAUAAUUUUUAUUAUUUUUAAAGCAUGUAACUGCUUGAUGUUUAAAUCUAAAGAAAAUAUAACUAGAAAAAAAUCCACGCGGACCAGGCAGCAGACGGGACUCGAACCCGCACCCUUCGCAAUCCGGGCGAAUGCACUGACCAAUUAUGCUACCGCGGCCCUCACGGACCGCGUCGAAAUUCUUUCUAGCUAUUCUUAAGCUGCAAGGCAGCGCCAUCUCUUCGCAUCAUAGGUAAACCCACAAUGUCAAAUGAAUACUUUUACAAGUAUUAUACAUUUGAAAGAAGAAAUAGCAAUUAUAGUUAUAAUUUUUAUUAUUUUUAAAGCAUGUAACUGCUUGAUGUUUAAAUCUAAAGAAAAUAUAACUAGAAAAAAAUCCACGCGGACCAGGCAGCAGACGGGACUCGAACCCGCACCCUUCGCAAUCCGGGCGAAUGCACUGACCAAUUAUGCUACCGCGGCCCUCACGGACCGCGUCGAAAUUCUUUCUAGCUAUUCUUAAGCUGCAAGGCAGCGCCAUCUCUUCGCAUCAUAGGUAAACCCACAAUGUCAAAUGAAUACUUUUACAAGUAUUAUACAUUUGAAAGAAGAAAUAGCAAUUAUAGUUAUAAUUUUUAUUAUUUUUAAAGCAUGUAACUGCUUGAUGUUUAAAUCUAAAGAAAAUAUAACUAGAAAAAAAUCCACGCGGACCAGGCAGCAGACGGGACUCGAACCCGCACCCUUCGCAAUCCGGGCGAAUGCACUGACCAAUUAUGCUAAAGUUUAUAUGAAAAAUCUUAUUAUUUUAGUUAAACUUCAUGUUUGACUGAAAUCAAAUCGUGAACAGACUGAUAAAAAAUCAGAUUGGUUAAAAAAUAAGCUGCUCUGUUCACUAAUUACAUACGUAUGAAGUCGUGGGCAAAAGCUAGUUAUCUAUAAAAUGGUAUAUGUCUUAUCAAAUUUAAAUUAUUUUUAGCUUUAAAAGGGGUCACCAGAGGUUAUGGACUUGGCUAUAAGAACUAGAAGUGGUGUGAUCAAACCACUAUCAUGGCUUUUAUUGUAUGUAGUUGCAAUAAUGAACACGGUGAAAAAAAGCUUUAUUGAAUAUAUAUCCUGUAUAUAUAUUCAAUAAAGCUCUUUUUCACCAGGUCCAGUUAGUGACGUCAACAUGUUUUUUUUAGAUAUCUCGCACCUUGGGGUAUCCGAGAAUACCCCAUGUAUUUUCCGCGAUUUUUCUAAGUUAUCGAGUUAUAUUUUUUUGUGUAUUUUCAAUGAUUUCUGGUAGCGAGGUUUCAAAAAUUCAUAUCUUUGUUCGUAGUAGGUAAAUUGCAGUUUUUUUAUUGUGACAUAAUUGGCUAGAAUGUUGUUUUAAUAAAAAAAAAUAACUCAACUUCCAGAAAUUACUUAUAGUUACUCAAUAAAGGCUUGAAAGUUGGAACUUUAGUUUUUAGUAUGUUUAGGUCCAACUUUCAAGCCUUUUUUGAGUAACUUUAAGUAAUUUCAGGAAGCUGAGUUAUUUUUUUAUUAAAACGACAUUCAAGACAAUUAUGUCACAAAAAAAGACUGCAUAACACCUACUAAGAAAAAAGAUAUGAAUUUUUGAAUCCUCGCAGGCAGAAAUCAUUAAAAAUAUACAAAAAAAAUUAUAACUCGAAAACUAAGAAAAAUCGCGGAACAAACAUGGGGUAUUUUCGGAUACCCCCAGGUGCGAGUAAUCUAAAAUAAAUUGUUGACGUCACUAAUUUGACCAUCCUGUAUAUAUAAUAAAUAAAUAUUGCCAACACUCACACCAAUUAGCCUAGCCCCAAAGUAAGUACUAUAAGGCUUGUGUUAUGGGAUACUAGUAACAGAUAGAAUACAUAUACUGUACAUAUAUAAGUAUAUUCAUAUAGAAUUACAUAUUAAACAUCCAUGACUGGAGUACAAAUGCUCGUAUUCCUCACACAAACACCUGCCCCCACCGGGAUUCGAACCCGGGACCUCUCGAGUCGGCGACACCAUGAAACCCGGCGUACGAACCACUCGGCCACGGAGGUCGUCAAUAUAAUUAUAUAUAAACUCUAAAUCUUAAUCCAAAAGUUGUAGGUAUGUAAGUUAUGUUUUAUCAGUAAGUUUCAAGCUCAAUAGACUAUGCUGAUUAACAACAAUGUAAACAAACGAACGGGCCUUCCCUUUUUCUGAAUAAGAUGUUGUGUCAGGGAAAGAACCUGAAUAUCACUUUCCUCGAUAGCCCGUAUAAAUACUCAAUCAUGCCAGAUACACUUCAUAACGUACAGAUACUUCGAACAGUACUAACGAAGAUGUUGCGAAGAGCGAGUUUUUUAUUGGGCUGUGUGCUCUUGGUAUUUAUUGCGGAAACAACGAGUGGACAUUUGUUGCCCUUUGUUACAACGGCAUCACCACCAAAUUUUGAAGUCCGUUUUCGUAGAGAUGUCAACGAUGAGCCACUUUGGUUGUAUAAAGGUGAUGAUAUAAAUCGGGCACCAGCGACCGGUGACCACCCGUAUCUGCCUCCGUAUAUUGAUGACGUCAAACUGGACCCGAGCACGAGGUACGCAAGAAGCGUCGACUCUCCCAGUGCAAAGAGAGGUGGCGGUAGCCACUCAACUUCCAGUAGCAGAGGAAGCACUGGACCUACUCACCCUGGAUACAAUCGACGCAACGCACGAUCCCUGCACACUCCGACGAUAUUCAACUCUCCGUCUCCGACUAUCCCUAAACCCUAUGACCACAUAUUCCCUGGACCUAGACUACCUACUUACGAGAGACACGCCCGGGAUAUCCAGAUGAACCCGCUACAGAAGCCUACUCAUUAUGACAUAACAAUCCCUGGAUGGAACCCCAACGCUCGUGUACAGCCGUGGCAAAAGAUUCGAGUCAGAACUGGCCGUGAUAUUCAUGAUAUUGAUUCUUCAGAGGACUCUAUUGAUUUAUAAAUUUUAUUGUUGUAAACUUUGAUUACCUUUAUUACUUUACGGAACUGUUCAUUUCAUUGUAUCAUAAUUUAACUGUGAUUUUUUGUACUUGCUCGUAGCUGUCAAGAAUUAACAACCUUAGUAAUAAAAUGUUAUUUAUUUGACUUUGAAGUUUACUUUUUUUUAUUUACAUUAAAAAAAUAAGAAAACCUGGUAUUCCUACGCAACCUUUAACAUUAUUUUAAUAAAUUUACUUAAUUCAACCUAAUUGCGUUCCUUACUUAUCCAUCUCA